UAGCCGCAGCUUCGGAAACAUGGCGGAGGAAGAGCAAAGAAAAAAGAUCCCAUUGGUUCCAGAAAAUCUCCUGAAAAAGAGGAAGGUUUAUCAGGCCCUUAAAGCCACUCAAGCAAAGCAGGCACUUUUGGACAAGAGGGAGCAGAAGAAAGGAAAACAGCUCAAGUUUAAGCGACUGAAAUGGUUUCUACAUGACUCCUGGCGGCAGCAAUGUGACAGGGUGCGCCUCAGACGACUAGAAGUGAAACCUCGUGGCCUGGAAGUGCCAGAUAAACAUUCCUUGGCCUUUGUUGUCCGCAUCCAAAGGAUUAAUGGGGUGAGUUCACUGGUGCAGAGGACCAUUGCACGGCUUCGCCUGAAGAAGAUUUUCAGUGGUGUCUUUUUCAGAGUGACCCCCCAGACCAUAAAAACGCUGCGUGUAGUGGAACCUUAUGUGACCUGGGGAUUUCCAAAUCUGAAGUCUGUCCGGGAACUCAUCUUGAAACGUGGACAAGCCAAGGUCAAGAAUAAAACCAUCCCUUUGACGGACAACACAGUGAUUGAGGAGCACCUGGGGAAGUAUGGUGUUAUUUGCUUUGAAGACCUCAUUCAUGAAAUCGCCUUUCCGGGGAAGAAUUUCCAGGAGAUCUCUGCGUUCUUACGUCCUUUCCAUCUCUCAGUGGCCCGUCAUGCUACCAAGAAUAGAGUGGGUUUCCUCAAGGAGGUGGGCUUACCUGGCUAUCGAGGUGAACGCAUCAAUCAGCUCAUUCGGCAGCUGAAUUAAACCCAGAAACU